AUUUUCACUUGGUAAUUUUGUAGGACUAAAUAAGUUUUGUGAACGUUUUGACAGUAAGGUUUCUGUUGAAAAAGAUAAAUAUAAAAUAACUCAAGUUAAGCUUUUAUUAUUACAUGAUUAUAAGAAACUCAUUUUGUAUUUUUUAGUGGGCAAAGAUUGUCCCAUUAAAAGGCGUAAUAAAACCACACAUAAUUGGUAUAAAUUUGAACUGCAAUAUUCAUCUAUUUAUUCCAUUAUAAUUUCGAAAAGUGAUGAUUUAACGUUAUAUUUCCGAUUGUUGCUGCCACCAUUAAUGUAUUCUAUGAUCCAUGAUAGUGAAGAGGAAGAUUGUAUACCUUUUUAUGAAAUUGACUAUACUACUUCUUGGUUCAGAGCUGUUGAUCUCUAUGAUGGUCGUCCUCAUCUGAAAAAAGAACUCACUAUGAAUACUGUUCUAAAACUUGAUCUUAAGAGAGAAGAUUAUGAUUUUUUAUUUCAAAUAAUAGCAUACUGCAAAAGCAUUCAACUCUUUUUUGCUCCAGUCUCUGUUAUUAAGAGCUCAAUUCCUCCUGUAACAUUAACAUUUUUCCCGAAUUCAAAAUCUAAUGCAAAUGAAAAGAAGCAGAAAAAAGAAGAUAAAGAAGCAGAAGAAAAGAGGAAAAAAGAAGAGUUUGAGUGUUUUUAUGCUUUACAGUGCAUCCUGACUCACAGUUUUGAAAUAAAUGAUCAACUUGUCUUUAGGAAAGAAAGUGACCUUGCCAAAUUAUUUGUGCAAGAAAAAAGUAAAGAAAAUCCUACUGCAUUAAGUCGUGCACUCUAUCAGAUUUAUGAUUCUAUUAUUAAAAGAAAUGUAGUAAUGUUUAUGGAAUCUCUGAAAUAUUUGUAUGAUUGUUUUAAAAAAGAAGAACCUAAAACAGUUAUUGAUGAUUUUUUUUCUAGGAAUCAAAGCCAUUUGCUUUUAAUUAAACGAGCUAUUCUUACACCAACUCAUGUUGUUCUGUUACCACCUCAACCAACUUUAAAAAGUCGAGCUUUACGAGAUUGUGAAUUUGAUUACUCUUUGAGACUAUCAAUUAAGGAUGUGAAUAUAGACUUCAUUCAUUUUUCUGUCAAAGCUUUUGGUACUGAUUCCAUGGAACGUCAGCGUAAUUUUUUCGAUACUUAUUACAGAAGUACUUUGCUUAAAGGAUUCAGUAUAGGUAAACGCAAAUACAAAUAUGUUGGGAGUUCAACUAGUCAGUUGAAAGGUCAUGGUUUGUGGUUUUAUGCUCAAGAUAGUAAAGGCAGGACAUCUGAGGACUUAAGAAAACAGUUUGGGUCAUUAGAGAAAAUCCGCCUGGUGCCAAAGUAUAUGGCUCGUAUGGGACAAACAUUCUCCCAGUCUAUGGGACAUAUUCGAGUCCCACAAGAUUGGACUAAUGUAAAAAAUCCGGAUGAUGACAUUGAAGGAGGUGUCAUCACUGAAUUUCUUACAAUUUAUGAACAAAAACAGAAAAAAAAGUUUCUCCAAGUAGAGCCAGAUAAUGAAGAUGUUGAAGUAGAGGACAAAGUUGAGGAAAAUCCAACUGAGAACGUUGACCGCUAUAAUUUUUCUGAUGGCAUUGGUAGAAUAUCACCUGAGCUUGCUGAUGAGGUGUACAAAGAGUUAGAUGUACUUGAUCAAAGACCAUCAGCUAUGCAAAUCCGGUAUGCAGGCUGCAAAGGUAUGCUGGUUGUUGAUCCUACACUUGAAGGGAAAGUUAUUAAAUUUCGCAAAAGUAUGAAGAAAUUUGAUUCAGAUAAUGACUCUUUGGAAAUUCUGAAAUUUAGUGAGAAACGAAUUUUCCAUUUUCGAAUCAAUGUUUCAAGUCAUUCCUGGAAAUCUGUUUCAUUACCUCUAUGACCAGCUUUUAUUGCAUCUCAU